AGGCCACCAUUUGCAUCCAAACAUUCACGACAAGGUACGAAGCCAGCAAUCAUCAAGAGCUUCUUGUGCCUCAAGGCAUACUGGACCAGCUCAGCAGUUCUCCAUGACGGCCAACAGUUUCUCAAGUAUUUCGAGAUGACGAGGUUGAGCUCCUCCUGGUGUGCCAUAUUGGCAUGUCUCUUCCUAGCUUGGUUCGCAGACGCAAAGAAGGUAGACCCGGUUGUUUCGAAGACGACACUCGACGGUGUGCCUUCUGAAUUAUUUUACUUUGACGAUACAGACACGAUUUUAAUUCACGAUGCCGAAGCAUCUAACGUUUUCCGCUCCAGCGACGCUGGCGCAUCCUGGGACCGCCUCAAAGACGUUCCUGAGAAUGGAGCUUGGAAGUUAAUAAAGCAUCCGUACGAUAACAAAAUUGCUUACGUCUUUGGCAUCGAUACCGAUCACUGGAUCACAAGAGAUCAGGGUGAGACUUGGCAGAAAUUCAGCACGGAAUCACCUCCGAGCUUGUCCUCGCCGUUAGUUAGCUUCCACGCUGCCGACAGCAGCCGGGUGCUGUAUCAUGCAAGCGAUUGUGAGGGUUGGACAUGCAAAGAUGCGACCUAUUAUACAACUAAUGGCUUUGAGACGACUCGAAAGCUGCGCGACAGCACUCGAAUGUGCAUUUUUGCACAAUCCACAAAUGUCUUUGAUUCCGGAAUAGAUGCCGAAGAAGAAGAUCGAAUCAUUUGUGUUGUGGAAGGAAAAUAUUCUCCAUUGCCCAAGGAUUUCCGCUUGGUCGUAUCAGACAACUACUUCAUUGAAGAAGUUGAGCCUCUCUUGGAUAGUGGUCGCACGGUUCCCGGUGUCAUCAAUAUGGCUGCUGUGAAGAAGUUUAUUGUGGCAGCAGCAAAGGCUGAGAACACGGACGAGCUAGCGCUCUACGUCACAAGCGAUGCAAAGACGUGGCAUCGCGCCGAAUUCCCCGCAGAGCAUAAGCUGGAGCAAGAUGCCUAUACUAUACUUGAGUCAACCAACUAUAGCAUCCAGUUGGAUGUUAUGACCACCAGACCUUUGAAUCCUAUGGGCGUUCUUUUCACCAGCAACUCCAAUGGCACAUACUUUACUCGCAACGUCGAGCAUACGAAUCGCAACAUUCUCGGCCUGGUCGACUUUGAAAAGGUCCAGGGCAUUCACGGAAUUGUCCUGGUCAAUACAGUCGAGAAUUGGAAAGAAGUUGAGGACACGAUUAUUGGCACAGACAGGAAGAUUCAAAGUCGGAUUAGCUUUGAUGAUGGUCGGACGUUUCAAAAUCUCAAAGUCGGCAAAGAUAAUCUUCAUCUACACUCUGUCACGGAAAUGCGCAAUUCCGGGCGCAUCUUUUCUAGUCCAGCCCCUGGGCUCGUCAUGGGAGUUGGCAACACUGGAGAAUUCCUCAAACCAUAUAAACAUGGAGACCUCUAUGUGUCGGACGAUGCCGGGCUGACUUGGCGAAAGGCCUUGGAUGAGCCACAUAUAUAUGAAUUUGGCGAUCAAGGCUCUGUCUUGGUGGCCAUCAAAGAUACCGAGUCGACAAGCAAGGUCAAGUAUUCAAUCAAUCACGGAAAGGAUUGGGAAUCCCUUGAUCUUGAUGAAAAGGUCCGAGCAAUGCAACUCUCAACCACACCAGAUUCGACCAGCUUGAAAUUUGUCCUGAUCGCCGACAAAGGAACCGGUUCAAAGGUUGAACAUGAAAUCAUUUCUCUCGAUUUUGAGGGACUGCAUGAGCGCAAAUGUGGCGAGAAGGAUUUUGAGAAGUGGUAUGCCCGACUCGAUGAGGAGGGCAAACCCGACUGCCUCAUGGGCCACAAGGAAUAUUACCUGAGGCGUAAGCCUGAUGCAGAUUGCUUCAUCGAUGAGGAGUUCAAAGAUCCCGUGCGGCAGUAUGAAGUAUGCAAAUGCACUGAAGAAGAUUUCGAAUGUGACUAUAACUUUGUGCGAUCUGGGGACCGUACCGAGUGUUUACCUGUUGCGAGGCUGUCCGUUCCGGAGGGAGAAUGUAAGAGUGCGGACGAUACGUUCAAGGGAAGCUCGGGUUGGAGAUUGAUUCCCGGUGACCACUGCGACAUACGGAUGGAAGGUUCUGUCGACAAGGAAAAGCCUGUUGAUAGACCUUGCAGAGACACGGUCAAGGUGCCAGCGAGUGGCGAGGUUUCCCAUGAACCUACAACGUUUGAUUCGAAUAGCUACAGGGAAUACUAUUACCUCGAGCGGACGGAGACGAGCCAUGGCGAGGAUGAGACCAUCAUCCUGCGCACUGACCAACAAGAUGUUUUCAUUACGCAUGAUCAUGGGAAGACCUGGGAAGAGAUACUAAAGGGCGAAAGUAUCCUGGCCAUCUACCCUCAUCGUUAUUUUAACGACUAUGUCUUCUUCAUUACCGGCACCAAGAAGGUCUUUUACUCUACUGACCGUGGCUACACAAUCCACGAAUUUGAGGCACCAGUUCCACCAAAUACGCAUCGUUUGCAAAUUAUUGGUUUCCAUCCACAGAAGAAAGACUGGCUGAUAUGGACGGGAUCGAAAGGCUGCGAUGGAUUUGGAACUGACUGUCACGCUGUGGCGUACUAUUCGACUUCGCUCGGCGAUGAGUGGCAUUCACUUCUCCGCUACGUUCGCAAAUGCCAGUUCGUUGCCGAUGAUGACCGUGCUGGCAGCGAAGAGCUUGUCUAUUGUGAACAAUUCAAGGAUGAAAAUCCGGACAAGCCAUUGCAGUUGAUUGCCAGCGAGAACUGGUUUCAGGAUAGCAAGAUUUACUUUGAUGACAUUGUUGAUUUCGCUACCAUGUCCGAAUUUAUCAUUGUGGCAGCAAAAGAUGAGGAUCAGAAAACGCUCAAGGUCGAUGCCAGCGUGGACGGAAAGACUUUUGCCGAUGCUCUAUUCCCCCCCAAUUUCCGGGUGCCACAUCAGCAAGCAUAUACUGUGCUGGACAGCUCUACUCAUUCUGUGUUUCUCCAUGUGACUGUCAAUACGCUGGAGGACCACGAGUACGGUUCGAUCAUCAAGAGCAACUCCAACGGCACCUCGUAUGUCCUAAGUCUGAGCGCAGUCAAUCGAAACCGCCAUGGCUAUGUCGACUUUGAAAAGAUGCAGGGCCUUGACGGUGUUGCUAUUGUGAACAUUGUCGAUAACGCCGAGGGGGCUACUACUGGUGAGGCAAAGAAGCUCAAGAGCAUGAUCACGCACAAUGACGGGGCUGAGUGGAGCUUCAUUGACCCACCAGCCAAGGAUGCCGAUGGCACCUCGUAUGACUGCAAGGGAGAUAUCCAGAAAUGUUCGCUGCAUCUGCAUGGCUACACUGAGCGCAAGGACCCACGAGACACCUUUUCGUCGCCAUCAGCGGUUGGCCUUAUGAUGGCAGUUGGAAACGUCGGCGAGUACCUUGGCCGGUACAAGGACGGUGACACUUUUAUCACUAGUGACGGCGGAAUCACCUGGUCAGCUGCUAAAAAGGGAACGUACAUGUGGGAAUAUGGUGACCAGGGAUCUAUCAUUGUGAUUGUCUCUGAGAGUACUCCGACUGACGUUGUCUUCUACACGCUUGAUGAAGGCAAGAAUUGGCGUGAAUACAAAUUUACCGAAGGAAAGAUGUUGGUUGAGGAUAUCUCGACUGUUCCAAGCGACAACUCUCGCAAUUUCCUCCUCUGGGGCAAGGAGACAUCUAGUGGAAGUGACAAGUUUGCAACCGUGAACCUUGACUUUACUGGACUUUCUGAUACCCAGUGUUUCCUGAACGAGGAUGACCCUGAGGAUCCCAAGUCUGACUACUACCUUUGGGAACCCAAGCACCCUCUUCAGGAAGAUAAUUGUCUCUUUGGCCAUGUGGCACGAUACCACCGCAAGAAGCCGGAUGCAGUGUGUUUCAACGGCAAGAAGAUCCAGCAUCUUCAUGAAAUUUCACGAAAUUGCACCUGCACCCGGCAAGACUUUGAAUGUGACUACAACUAUGAGCUCGAAAACGAUGGUGCGUGCCGACUCAUCAAAGGCCUUCCUGAACCCGACCACUCCCAAUACUGCGCUGCCAAUCCUGAGGCAGUCGAAUUCUACGAGCCCACUGGCUACCGUCGUAUUCCGCUCUCCACUUGCCAGGGCGGUCGCGAGCUCGAACUUACAGGCCAAGUCCACCCUUGCCCUGGCCGCGAAGAAGACUUCAAGAAGAAGCGCAAGGGAAUUUCCGGCGUGGGACUGUUUUUCGCCAUCACUGUCCCAUUUGCCGUCGCCACAGGUAUCGGCUACUGGGUCUGGCGUAACUGGGACGGUAAGUUUGGGCGCAUUCGUCUGGGCGAAUCCGGUCCCAGCUUCGACACCAACAGUCCCUGGGUCACAUAUCCAGUUGCGGCACUCUCAGGAUUCGUCGCCGUCCUUGCUGCCAUUCCACUCCUCGCUGCGUCUCUAUGGAGAAGUGUCGCAGGCAGGUUUGGUCGGUCUGGCGGCCAGCGCACUUACACGACAAGAAGCUCGUUUGCAAGGGGUAGACAUGAUUAUGCGGUGGUGGAUACGGAUGAGGGUGAGCUAUUAGGAGACGAGAGCGACGAGGAUGUAUAGCGUGGUUAUUGGAUCAGUAGAUAUGAUUACUGGGGUAUUACGAUGCGAAUUGAUGCAUGACUAUUAGACCUACUUUUAGUGAAUUCACAUGUUACUUUUAUUCUGUAGGAUAGACAUUGACAGCCUAUGCAUGGUUUAAUGCUGAAGAAAUUGCUGGGUU